AUGCCGUACAACACAACUCCUAUUAGGCCUCGUAAAGAGGUGACGGGCACAGUUCAGCUGCCAUUGUCAAGAGUCAAGAAGAUCAUCGCAGUGGAUCCAGACAUCAACAUCUGCUCAAACAAUGCGGCGUUCGCCAUAACGUUGGCCACUGAGAUGUUCAUCCAGUACCUCGCAGAGCAAGGUCAUAACAUGGCCAAGCUCGACAGGAAGCCAAGGAGGAACGUACAGUACAAAGACCUGUCCGCCGCGGUCAUCGCCAAGGACAACCUGGAGUUCCUUGAUGACACUAUCCCCAAGACACAGCCCUACAAGGAAAUCAAGCACAAGGCCGCCGAGACGCGCGCCAAACUCCAGGGCGGCAAGCCGGCCGGCGAGCAGGCCGACGAGGCGGGCCAGCCCAACGGCAAGAAGCAGAAGAGCAUCAACGGCUUCGGCGUCCACGAUGUGGUCAAGAGGGCUGAGGAUGAUGAACAGACGCACAUGGGCGUAGGGGACGGAGACGUGCACAUGACUGUUGGUCGUGGAUUACUGAACGAGGACCUCCCAGGUCAAUCUCCUGUGCUGCUAUCCGACGCGAUGGUCACAAAGCAGAGCGAUUUGAUCAAGGGGCCACCGGCCCCGAGGAACUGCCGAGGGGAUGCCAAGGUCAGGAUCUCCAGCGGAAUACGACGAGAAUUCGCAAGAACCUCGCAAAAGCUCAAGCUGACCGGCAACAUGCCGCGAGUUUGCCAGCAAAUUGAAAAGCCGGCCAGGGGCCUUGGUCAAAGACUUGCUGGAAAUGUGUGUCUUUGA